AUGUGCUCAUGGAGUAGCGGAAGCAGAGGAAAAAAGUUAGUUUCCCUGGCUACUAUUUCUAAAGUUAAUACAGUGAAUUCAGAGGAAGAGCCUUGCUUAAGCGCUCAGAAUUAUUAUUGUGAUGAAGAUGUACUACAGGAUGUACAGAUGGAAGAAUUCAUACCAAUUACCAAGAGUUGCGUAAUUGAUAAUGGAUCGAUGACUAUUCGAUACAUGGAUUCAGCUGAUACUGUUGUGGAUGGUCAGGCAAAUGUGGAAGUGGAAGAAAAAAAUAUUCAAAAUAUGGAAGACGAUAGUCGUGGGGAUGAGAAUAGAAGGGAACCUAUGAAAAAUGAUGCAAAUCAAAUAAUAGAAGAAACAGAGAUUGUAGAAGAGGAGAAUGAAACUAAAGGGUAUGAGGAAGCAGAUCCAUAUGAAACAGUUGAAGGCCACACAAAAAAAGGCGAAGAAAGAAAAAAAUACAAACUGUCCAAGGAAGUGAGAGCUGAAACUAAGAAAAACAAGGUAAUCUCGCUUCAUAAGGUCAGAGAAGGCUGUAUAAACUGUAAGCUCAAAUGUCGGACAUUCUUUACCGAGGAGGAGAGAAACACCACAAACCACGAAUUUUGGAAGUUGGACUGGAAGGGAAAACGAACAUUUGUGAUGAACUCGACAGAGAAUAGAACACCAAAGAGAAAAGUAGAAGGUUCAAAGAAAAACAAGACAUUCACAUAUUUUCUUCUUCACCACAGGGAUGUCCGCAAUAUCACUCUAUGGUUGGACAAUUGUUCUAGCCAGAAUAAAAACUGGGCAUUAUUCUCCUUUCUUGUUUAUAUUGUGAACUCAACAAGUAUAUCCGCUGAGACCAUUCACUUGAACUAUUUUGAACCAGGUCAUACCUUUAUGUCGGCGGAUUCGUUCCACCACCAAGUAGAAGAAUCACUAAAGCGUCAAGUCAAAACAUAUGAUUUUGCAGACUUUGAGAAGGCAGUACAGUCCAGCAAUAAGGGAAAGGUACAAAUCAAAUCCAUGAAACUGAAUGAUUUUCAAUUGUGGAAAAGUCUCCAUUCAGUUAGUAAAAUUAAGAAACAGGAUCCCAGUUUUACUAUGAGUAAAAUAACGGAAUUAAUGGUAAAGAGGACUGAAUUUGUGAUGUACUACAAACGCAAUUUUGAGGAAGAAUGGAAGAAACUAGAUUUUUUGCUAAAAAAACAUAUUGGUGAAAUGCCAACAGCCCCAAUAAAAACGGCACCAAAUGGCUUUGAGCGUCAAAAAGUUGAAAACCUGCUUAAAGCGGUUGGUUCCAUUAUGCCAGGUAACAGGAAAGAAUUUUGGGAGAAACUUCCAGAAAAAGUUAUCUAG